UUAGUGUGCUGUGAGGACCUCGCGAGCAUCGUAUCUCUCCUCCGUUCUCCUCUCCUCACCUUCACUGAGCCGCUCCAUCCCUCCUCCUCCUCUGCUAUGACAUCUCACACCAGCUGCACGCUGCCUCCGCCAGCCCGAUGCCGCUCCUCCAACAUGGACAUGUGCGCCUGGAAUAGCCGCGAUUGAUCCUCGGGUGACGUUAUAUUUUUGUUUUGUUUUUUGUUUUGCUUUUUGAAGAGAUAUAACAACACAAGAAGAAAAGGAGGAGGGGGGCGGCUGUCAUCUUUUAACCCCCUCCGCUCCCUUCAGCCAAGCAAGAGCGGCAAGGUAGGGGGGAAGGAUUGCAGCCAGCUUGGAUUUAUUGAACGGCAACAUGAGGGAUUUGGAAAUGCCGAUGAUGGUGAUGAAGCGGAGGAGGCUGAUGGUGAAGAAAAUGGCCCGACUAAGACGCGACCUCUCGCUUCUCCUCCUGACGGGGCUCCUCGUCGGGGAUUUCUCAUCCUCUGGGGCUGAAUCAUGUGGUGGUGUAAUUCAAGGCCUGAACGGAACGAUAGAAUCGCCUGGUUUCCCCCACGGCUAUCCCAACUACGCCAACUGUACGUGGCUGAUAAUAACAGGGGAGCGAAACAGGAUCCAGCUCACCUUCGUCACGCUCGCACUAGAGGAAGACUUUGAUAUGGUGUCUGUAUAUGAUGGACAACCUUCGCCUGGGAACUUAAAAAUGAGGUUGUCGGGGUUCAUGCUGCCUUCUCCUAUAGUCAGCACUGGCUCUAUAUUGGCCUUGUGGUUUACCACCGAUUUUGCCGUCAGUGCACAAGGCUUCAAAGCUGUCUACGAAGUCCUGCCCAGCCAUACAUGUGGCACCCCCGGACUCAUUCCAAAUGGAGUCAUCCAUGGUGCGCGCUACAACAUUGGGGACAAGAUCCGUUACAGCUGCGAGUCUGGUUUUGUCCUGGAGGGACAUAAUGUCCUCACAUGUAUCGUAUCACCGGGCAGUGGAGCACAGUGGGACUUCCCUUCACCAUUUUGUAGAGCGGAGGGGGCAUGCGGCGGCACGUUACGAGGCACCGCAGGUUCAAUAACCAGUCCCGGCUACCCUGCAGAGUAUGAAAACAAUGUGGACUGCACGUGGUCAAUCCUUGCUGAACCUGGGGACACGAUAGCCCUUGUCUUCAAUGACUUUUUAUUGGAAGACAAGUAUGACUUCCUGGAAAUCAGCGGAACCGAGGCACCCAGCAUAUGGCUAACUGGUACAACCCUGCCUUCACCAGUUAUUUCGAGUAAAAACUGGCUGCGGAUACACUUUACGUCAGACAGCAACCACAGAAGGAAAGGAUUCAGUGCUCAGUACCAAGUGAAGAAAGCAAUAGAGUUAAAGUCCAGAGGAGUGAAGAUGAUGCCAAAUAAAGACUCCAGUCACAAAAAUGCAGUCUUGAGUCAAAGUGGCCUCGCUGGAGAUGUGUGUCCAGAUCCUGGUGUCCCAGAAAAUGGCAAGAGAAUGGGAUCUGCCUUCCAAGUCGGUUCCAGCGUCCAAUUCAGUUGUGACGACAGCUACGUUCUUCAAGGAUCCAAAAGUAUCACCUGUCAGAGAGUGACGGACACGCUGGCUGCCUGGAGUGACCACAGGCCCAUCUGCAGAACCCGUACCUGUGGUAGCAACUUAAGGGGGCCCAGAGGGAUCAUAACAUCGCCUAACUACCCUGUCCAGUAUGAGAACAAUGCCCACUGUGUCUGGGUAAUCACUGCACUGGAUUCUGCAAGGGUUAUAAAGUUGUCAUUUGAAGAGUUUGACCUGGAACGAGGGUACGAUACACUGACAGUGGGCGAUGGAGGGAAGAUAGGAGACACUAGACGGGUACUUUACGUACUCACUGGGUCCACUGUACCUGACAUCAUUGUGAGCUUGUCCAAUCAGAUGUGGCUUCAUUUGCAGUCAGAUGACACAAUCGGCUCUGCUGGGUUCAAGGCAGUCUAUGAAGAGAUCGAACGGGGAGGCUGCGGUGAUCCUGGCGUGCCGGCGUUUGGUCGUCGGAGCGGCGAUGGCUUUCAACACGGGGAUGUGCUGACCUUCUUUUGCCAGUCUGCGUUUGAAUUAGUUGGAGAGAGGAGCAUUACGUGCCAGCAUAAUAACCAGUGGUCUGGUAAUAAACCCAGUUGCAUCUUCUCUUGUUUCUUCAACUUCACGGCCCCAUCAGGAACGGUUUUGUCGCCGAACUAUCCCGAGGAAUACGGGAACAAUCUCAAUUGUGUAUGGCUGAUCAUUGCUGAACCAGGGAGCCGCAUUCAUCUGCUCUUCUCUGACUUUGACCUGGAGCCACAGUUUGACUGGUUGGUGGUCAAAGAUGAAGGUCUAUCUGAGCCUACCACAUUUGGGACGUUUUCCGGAAAGGAUGUGCCAUCCCAAAUCGCCUCACAUGGACACAUCAUGAGACUGGAAUUUCAGUCAGAUCACUCCAACACUGGAAAAGGCUUCAAUAUCAGCUAUACAACAUUUGGCCAGAAUGAGUGUCAUGAUCCCGGCGUUCCCGUCAAUGGUCAAAGGUACGGGGACCAGUUUCAGCUCGGCAGCUCUGUGGCUUUCCGUUGUGACCAAGGAUUCAUCAGGACCCAGGGGUCAGAUCAGGUCACCUGCAACAUUCAAGAUGGAAAUGUUGUUUGGUCUGCGGCCGUGCCUCGCUGUGAAGCUCCAUGUGGAGGCCAUCUCACUGCGCCUACAGGAGUUCUUCUCUCUCCUGGUUGGCCUUCUUUCUAUAAGGAUUCUCUCAACUGCAACUGGGUGAUUGAAUCGCAAGAUGAUCACGCUGUGAAGAUACACUUUGACAGGUUUCAGACGGAAGUCAACUAUGACACGCUGGAGAUCAGGGACGGCCCCUCAUCCUCCUCCCCCCUGAUCGGCGAAUAUCACGGAACCCAAGCACCUCAUUUCCUGAUCUCCACGUCCAACUUUCUGUUCUUGUUGUUCACCACUGACAACAGUCGCUCUGCGGCGGGCUUCAGCAUCAGAUACGAGAGUGUGAAAAUGGAGUCAGACUCUUGUCUUGACCCCGGUAUUCCAGUCAAUGGGCGUCGCCAUGGCAGCAGCUUUUCCAUUGGCUCCCGUGUCUCGUUUACGUGCGACCCAGGAUAUACUUUGAGUGAUCAGGACCCCAUUGUUUGCGAGCAGAAUCAUCAGUGGAAUCACGCUCUUCCCAGCUGUGAUGCACUCUGUGGAGGCUAUGUCUUUGGGAAAAUGGGCACGAUUCUUUCGCCAGGAUUUCCUGACUUCUACCCCAAUUCUCUGAACUGCACCUGGACCAUAGAGGUGUCACAUGGUAAAGGAGUCCACCUGGUCUUCCAUACUUUCCAUUUGGAGGAGAACCAUGACUACCUGUCCAUCACAGAGGAUGAAAAUUUUCUGGUUCCAGUUGCCCGACUAACUGGCUCAGUGCUGCCCCCCAGUGUCAAAGCGGGGCUCUUUGGGAAUUUCAGUGCUCAACUACGAUUCAUAUCAGAUUUCUCCAUGAGCUAUGAGGGAUUUAAUAUUACAUUCUCAGAAUACGAUUUGGAACCUUGUGAGGAUCCGGGUGUUCCAGCUUUCAGCAGACGCACAGGAUUCCGAUUUCAAGUUGGUGACUCGCUUGCCUUUUCUUGUUUCCACGGUUACCGACUCGAUGGGGACAGCAAGAUCACCUGUCUCGGUGGAGGCAGGCGAGUGUGGAGCAACACACUGCCCAGAUGUAUAGCUGAGUGUGGAGCCACGUCUCUGGGACCAGAAGGUGUUCUUGUCUCCCCGAACUUCCCUUCCAACUAUGACAACAAUCACGAAUGCAUCUACCGCGUGACCACUGAGAAGGGAAAAGGAAUCGGGCUGAAAGCUGAGAGCUUCUCUCUGCAUGAUGGAGACUAUCUCAGGGUGUAUGAUGGUGAGAACAGUUCAUCUCGUCUCCUUGGGAACUUCACCCGGGAAGUUAUGAUGGGUCAUAUCAUCAAUAGUACCUCCAAUCACUUGUGGCUGGAGUUCAACAGCAACGCCUCUGGAACAAAUCAGGGCUUUCACCUCACGUACACAAGUUUUGACCUGGUACGGUGUGAAGAGCCUGGUAUCCCUAGUUAUGGCUACAAGAUCCAAGACGAUGGCCAUUAUGCCAACACAUUUGUCCUUUACUCCUGCAACCCUGGCUACAGUCUCCAUGGUAGUAGUACAUUGACCUGUCUAAGUGGGGACAGGCGUGUCUGGGACAAACCACUUCCAUCCUGUAUAGCGGAGUGUGGAGGUCACAUAACUGGAGCAGUGUCUGGACGAAUUCUGUCUCCGGGAUACCCUGCCCCAUACGACAACAAUCUCCACUGUACCUGGACUAUAGAGGCGGAUACUGGCAAGACUAUCAGUCUCCACUUCAUCGUCUUUGACACUGAGAUCGACCAUGACAUCAUUAGAGUUUGGGAUGGACCGUCUGGGCCAUCGGAUGUCGGGAUCCUUUUGAAAGAAUGGUCCGGUCCAACCUUACCUGAAGAUAUCCAUUCGACUUUCAACAUACUUACACUUCAGUUUGAUGCUGACUACUUUAUCAGCAAGCAAGGUUUUUCCAUCCAGUUUUCCACCACAACAGCGACGACCUGUAAUGACCCUGGCAUCCCAGUAAAUGGCUCUCGAUACGGGGACAGUAAGGAGCCCGGUGACAGUAUGACAUUUCAGUGUGACCCUGGCUAUCAGCUUCAAGGUCCUGAUACCAUCACGUGUGUCCGGAUGGAUAACAGAUUCUACUGGCAGCCUGACCCUCCAACGUGUAUGGCAACUUGUGGUGGUAACGUCAGUGGCCCGUCUGGAGUGAUCCUGUCUCCGAACUACCCCCAGCCUUACCCCCCAGGAAAAGAGUGUGAUUGGCGAAUACGAGUCAACGCAGACUUUGUCAUCGCACUUAUCUUCAAAAGUUUUAACAUGGAGCCCAGUUAUGACUUCCUGCACAUUUACGAGGGCGAAGACUCUAAUGGGCCUCUGCUGACGAGUCUCCAAGGCAACCAAGCCCCAGAGCGCAUCGAGAGCAGUGGUAACAGUCUUUUCCUGGCAUUCCGAUCGGACGCCUCACUGGGCAUGUCUGGCUUCGCCAUUGAGUUCAGAGAAAAGCCAAGGGAGGCCUGCUUUGAUCCUGGUAACAUCAUGAAUGCUAGUAGGACCGGCUAUGACUAUAAACUGGGAUCUCAGGUGUCCUAUAACUGUCACCUUGGCUACACAACAGUGGGCGGCCAAACAAUAACCUGUGUGAUGGGGCAGGAUGGGAAGCCAGUGUGGGACAAGACUCUGCCGUCAUGUAAAGCCCCAUGUGGUGGACAGUAUGGAGGAUCUGAGGGAGUAGUUUUGUCUCCAAACUACCCUUUAAACUACACCACUAGACAAAUGUGCGCCUACUACAUUACGGUGCCUCCACAGUUUGUUGUUUUUGGUCAGUUUGCCAUUUUCCAAACUGCGAUGAAUGACUCGGUGGAGCUAUUUGAUGGAGCCAAUGAAAACUCUCGAUUGCUAAGUUCUCUGGCGGGAUCACAUUCAGGAGAGACAUUACCCUUGGCAACUUCCCAUCAAAUAAUGCUGCGAUUCAAUGCCAAGAGUGGCCAACCAGCUAAAGGUUUUCACUUCGUCUACCAAGCUGUGCCUCGGACGAGCGACAGUCAGUGUAGCUCGGUGCCAGAGCCUCGAUACGGCAGGCGUAUCGGGUCAGAGUUCUCGGCCGGCUCGGUGGUUCGUUUCGAGUGCAGUCCUGGAUAUCUGCUCAAGGGAUCCAGUGCAAUCCGGUGCCAGGCAGUACCUGGUGCUCUGGCACAGUGGAAUUCAACGACGCCAAGCUGUAUCGUUCCCUGCAGUGGGAAUCUGACAGAGCGCCGCGGCACCAUAUUGUCUCCUGGUUUUCCGGAGCCAUACCCAAACAGUCUCAACUGUCUGUGGAGAAUCCAUGUCAGCGAAGGAGCUGGGAUACAGAUUCAAGUGAUGACAUUUGCUACUGAGCACAACUGGGAUUCUCUGGAGAUCUACGAUGGGGGAGACAUGACGGCUCCUAAAUUAGGGUCAUUUUCUGGAACUACAGCUCCUGCCCUCCUUAACUCCACAUCCAAUCAGCUUCUCUUGCACUUUCAGAGUGACAUUAGUGUUGUGGCUGCAGGCUUUCACCUUGAAUACAAAACCGUCGGUCUGACCACCUGUCCGGAGCCGAUGAUUCCAGCAAACGGCAUAAAAACCGGAGAUAGAUACAUGGUCAAUGAGGUAGUGGCCUUCACCUGUGAGCCUGGAUACACUUUACAGGGCCAUUCUCAUAUUUCCUGCAUGCCUGGGACUGUGCGUCGAUGGAACUACCCUCCUCCUCUUUGCAUAGCUCGUUGUGGUGGGGUAUUGUCUGAAGUCACAGGAGUGGUCCUGAGUCCCGGUUUCCCCGGCAACUACCCCGGCAACCUGGACUGCACCUGGCAAAUUAUCUUGCCAACAGGAUAUGGAGCGCAUAUUCAGUUCCAAAACUUUUCAUCUGAAGAUAACCAUGACUUCCUGGAGGUUCGGUCAGGAACACAGCACAGCUCAGCCCUUAUUGGACAGUUCACUGGUUCGCAAGUCCCACCCUCCCUUCUAAGUACCACCCACCAGACCAUUAUUCACUUCUACAGUGACCAUUCCGAGAACAGGAUAGGAUUCAAACUCACUUAUCAAGCUUAUCAACUUCAAAACUGCCAGGAUCCUUCUCCUUUCACCAAUGGCGACAUCAUCAACGGUGACUACAGUGCUGGCCGGUCAAUAACAUUCCUGUGUUAUCCUGGAUAUGUUUUGAUUGGACACCCAGUCCUCACAUGUCUGCACGGGACCAACCGGAAGUGGAACCACCCAUUUCCGCACUGUGAAUCUCCCUGUGGCUACAAUGUCACAGCUGAAAAUGGGACCAUUUAUUCGCCACAAUACCCCAAUGAAUACCCCAACUCCCAAGACUGUAGCUGGCUCAUCACCGUUCCCCACGGACAUGGAGUUUACAUCAACUUUACCUUGUUGCAGACUGAGCCUGUCACUGAUUACAUUGCUGUAUGGGAUGGUCCAGAUGCAUCCAGUCCUCAGCUGGGCGUCUUCAGCGGCAACACGGCAUUGGAGUCGGCCUACAGUUCCAGCUCCAAUGUUCUGAUCCGCUUUCACUCUGACUUUUCAACUGGAGGAUUCUUCAUACUCAACUUCCAUGCCUACCGUCUGAAGAAAUGCCCUCCUCCGCCUAUAGUGAAGAAUGCUGAGAUAAUCUAUGAGGAUGAAGACUUCCUAAUAGGCGAUAUUGUGGCUUAUCGCUGUCUCCCUGGAUACACACUUGUUGGAAAGGCGGAGCUCAUGUGUACGCUCAACUCUCAUUUACUGUUUGAGGCCCCGCCACCAGCAUGUCAAGCCCAGUGUCCAGCCAACGAGGAGCGGUCUUCAUCAUCAGGAGUCAUUCUGAGUCCUAUGUUUCCCAGCAACUAUCCCAACAGUCAGACCUGCUCCUGGCUACUGCACAUGCUUCAAGGAUACAUCAUCAAUAUCUACGUUGAGAUGUUCCAAAGUGAGAAGCAAUUUGACGAGCUGGAAAUUUUUGACGGAUCCUCGGGGCAGAGCCCUUUGCUCGUGGCUCUCAGUGGAAAUCAUUCAUCUCAGCUCAACUUCACCUCCAAAACCAAUCAGCUUUACCUACGUUGGUCCACUGACCAUGCAACCAACAAGAGAGGAUUCAAGAUAAGAUAUACAGCUGCAUACUGUAGUAUAAAUGAUCCCCCAGCGAAUGGGGGCGUUGUCAACCGAACCAAACUCCGACCAGUUAGCAGACUCCAAUUCUACUGUAACCAUGGUUACCGUCUGGUCGGCUCUACAAAUUCUACCUGUAGACUCUACCCCAAUGGGCUUUUCCAAUGGGACACACCUCCACCAUUCUGUCAAGCUAUCUCCUGUGGAAUCCCCCAGUCACCAGGCAAUGGCAGCUUCUAUGCCUACCAUUACAACGUGGGCAGUCAGGUGACCUACCACUGUAAACACGGUUAUCACCUUGACCCCAGUUUUCCAGCUACAACAGUGUGUUUGGAGGAUGGGAGCUGGAGUAAUUCAGCCUCACCCCCAAGGUGUCUCUCCAUCCACUGUCCCAGCAUUGAGGGCGCCUUGUCAGAUCACGUGACCUACCGUCUGCUGUCUGGUACACUGGGAGAGUUUGGUUCCAUGGCUAUGUUGGAAUGCUUAACAGGGUAUUCUUUCGGGGCAGGGCAUCGGACACUAAGCUGCCUCGCCAAUGGGACUUGGGAGGGGUCAGAUGACCCAGCAGCAUGCAAGAUCUUAUCCUGUGGGGAUCUUGGUUCUCCACCGUUUGGCACCAAACUAGGAACACUGACCACAUUUGGUGCAACUGCAAUCUUUAUGUGUAAUCAUGGUUACACAUUGGUGGGGUCUCAUGUCAGAGAAUGUGGAGCCAAUGGGCUGUGGAGUGGUUCUGAGACCAGGUGUCUUGCUGGCCACUGUGACUCUCCAAAUCCUAUCAUCAAUGGCCACAUUAGCGGUGAUGGCUCCAGUUACCGCGACACAGUGGUGUACCAGUGCAUGCUGGGAUAUCGCCUGAUUGGCACAUCAGUCAGAAUCUGCCAACAAGACCAUCGGUGGUCUGGAACAACACCUGUUUGUGUCCCCAUAACUUGUGGUCACCCUGGAAACCCAGUCAAUGGGCAGACAAACGGCAGCGAGUUCAACCUCAACGAUGUUGUCAACUUUACGUGUAAUAAAGGUUACAUCCUAAGUGGAAAUGCACGCGCUCAGUGUCGACUAAAUGGCCAGUGGAGCAGCCCCCUACCUCUCUGCAAAGUGGUAAACUGUUCUGAUCCAGGGCACGUGGAGAAUGGUGUGCGGCAGUCUGGACUACAUUACCCAGAAAUCUUUAGCUACGGUAUAACCGUGGCCAUCCACUGUAAACGAGGAUUCUACCUGCUCGGUUCCGCGCUCCUCACCUGCCUACAUGAUGGACGCUGGGACAGGCCAACUCCUCGAUGCUUGGCUAUUUCCUGCGGUGACCCUGGUGUGCCCCCAAAUGUAGUCGUGCCUGGGACUCAGACCUGGACAUAUGGCUCUGUGCUUCAGUACUCCUGUGUGCCAGGAGGGAUGCUGGUGGGCAAUGCUACACGCCACUGUCAAGAGGAUGGCACUUGGAGUGGGUCACCGCCCUACUGCACUGGUCUGAGUCCAGGGAUGUGCGGUGACACGGGGGUUCCUCCCCACGGUGCCCGUUUAGGAGGGGAAGAGUUUAAAACCAAGAGCCUGCUGCGUUUCAGCUGUGAGGCAGGAUACAAUCUGAUUGGCUUCGCAGAGAGGUCGUGCCUCCACAACGGCACCUGGAGUGGAACGCAGCCUGUGUGUCAAGCUGUAUCGUGUGGGAACCCUGGCACCCCAGCCCAAGGCAGGAUCGUCUUCAGUGACGGCAUCACCUUCGGCAGCUCAGUGGCGUAUGCGUGCUGGGAAGGGUUCAAAACAUCGGGCCUGACCACCAGACACUGCACAACAAAUGGGACAUGGACAGGACAACCACCAGACUGCACUGUGAUCAGUUGUGGAGACCCAGGGCCGAUAGCCAAUGGCGUCUACUUGGGACGUGAGUUCACCUUCAACCACACAGUGGCAUACCGUUGUAGCCCAGGUCACCUGUUGGAACCACCUGGUCGCAAUGUUUUACGCUGCACUAAAGAUGGAAUGUGGAACCAAACCAAACCCAGUUGUAAAGUGAUCCAGUGCGGACCUCCACCUCUAGUGCAAAAUGGGGAAGUAGAAGGAACGGAAUAUUCGUGGGGAUCAAGCGUUAGCUACAGUUGUUUCCAUGGUUACCAAUUGUCCUUGCCAGCUGUGUUGACCUGUGAGGGGAAUGGAACGUGGACCGGAGAUUUACCGCAAUGUCUGCCCAUGCUGUGUGGUGAUCCAGGCUCUCCUGGAGGCGGAUUCCGAGAAGGAAUUAUCUUUACUUACCGGUCAGAGGUCAGAUUCUACUGCCAUACGCCCUACUUGUUGGUUGGCUCCACCUCCCGAGUGUGUCAGGCUGAUGGUAUUUGGAGUGGCCAACAACCAGCCUGUAUAGACCCUGCAUUCAACAGCUGUCGUGACCCAGGAACACCAGUUUACGGUAUCCCAGUCCAAGCUGUGGGCCUUCAGGUUGGAAGUAAGAUUUCAUUUAAGUGCCGCAAGAACUAUCACAUCCUUGGUUCCACCACAAGAACGUGUUUGGAAAAUCUCACCUGGAGUGGAACACAACCUGAAUGUAUUGCCCACUCGUGCCGACAGCCCGAGACCCCCAGUAAUGUGGAUGUUCGCUCCAUGGAUCUGCCAACAUUGGGAUAUACCCUUAUCUACACCUGUCAAGAUGGUUUCUAUUUGGCUGGAGGAUCAGAACACAGAACAUGUAAAAGUGAUGGGAGAUGGUCGGGAAAACCACCACUGUGUAAAGUUGGAGUUAAAGUCAAUCCUAAAAGCAGAGGAGAGACAGACAUCCAGAAGAACAAAAUUCGAGUUCCAGUGGAUGUGUUCUCCCCCAACUCAGAAUGGAGAGGUUUCUACGAGUAUCUGAGCAAGAGACAGGCCACCACAUUGACAGUGACUGGGUUCAAUGCUAGCAGCGGAAGGGUUAACAUCACUUUACUGGAGACCAGUGGAGUGUCCAUCAGACUAUCAGGUACCUACAAGUCUGAAGAGAACCAGCUUCUACUGAAGGUCUAUCAAGUCAAAGGGCCCACAGAGCAUUACUACAGCAAGUUUAAGAACGACAACUGGGCAAUGGAUGGAUAUGUGACUGCAGAAUCCGACCAGAAAACAUUUGUCUACCAAGGGCAUAUUCACAAUAAAGACUUUGGCAAGUUCCAUCUGACACGGCAAGGGCCUCUAACCAUGGCGAGAGACCCAUCCAACCCCUAUACGAACAGCAGCUCUGUGGCAGCAGCCAUCUUGGUUCCUUUCUUUGCCCUCAUCCUGUCGGGAUUCGCCUUCUACCUCUACAAGCGCAGGACAUUGUCUGCUGACACAGAUGACAAUGAAAGACCAAAAGACACCUGGGGGCCUGGCGGCAGAUCCCGUCCUAAGGUCCAGUUCAAUGGCUACGUCGGCCAUGAAAGCACCAAUGGUCAAGCAUCAUUUGAAAACCCGAUGUACGACACCAACAUGAAGCCCACUGAGGCUAAAGCCGUUCGAUUCGACACCACGCUCAAUACAGUAUGCACUGUGGUAUAGUCCCGCACACCCGCCGCUACUUUGUGCAGUGGUGCAGUCCAGCCGGGCUGUCAGCGAUGCGGUUUCACCAACAGGACAAACAAGCAAACUCAUGAUUGACACUGGUCACGUGGAGCAGUCUGUGCGGUGGCAUGCUGUUCAGCAUACUCUGCACAGUGAUGUGCCUCUGCUCCCACGUUACACGAGCAUCCACCGCCUCCUCCUUCGGCAAAAUUAGACAGUGAUGUCAUUAAAAAGUUAGUUAAUCGUCAGGGGAUACGUGUUCUGUUCAGACAUGAAGGAAAAACAGACAACUCAAAACGUCCUACCGUUCUUCACUUCCAACUUAGAACGGUUUAAACUGCACCAAUGGCCUUCUGAUACCUUUCCUCCAACACUUGAUAGAUGUUUGCCCCAAUCUAAUCCCACAGCCCUGUGCCAAAUAUACGCACGUAUAUGCACAGUGGUAAAAAAGCUUAAUAGCUCCACUGCUGCAGGCCAGACGUCUUUGACUGAUGUGUAGGUUGGACCCACAGGGGAACCAAUCUUUCACCUCUCUAGGCUUAAAGUCCUAAUUAGACGGUUCAUAUUUCUCAACGCAAAUGGUGCAGGACAAACUUCUCCCACUGGGCAUCGGGAUGAGUUUGACACGACUAAACCUGGAUUUAAAGGCAAAGCGCUUUUUAUUCAGAACGUACGCAGACUGCUGUGACAUUGCCUUCUAAAUCCAGUAAAUGUGACUGAAGUUCCACCGGUUCACUUAUUUACCUGAAGCAUUCUUGAAGUACGGAACAUAAACAUAUCAUUGGUGCUUGGAUUAGUGGCUUUCUGGAUAAGAAGAUUUCAGUUUAUGAUAGCAAGACAAUCACAGGAGUUGAUUUUCGGUGAUUGUCGCUACCUUCAACGAGUUACGUCAUUGCCUUUUCCACAGGACCUGGCAACAAUCAGGCUGUCGCUAAACAUUCACAAAUUUGCAAAUUGUCUCCUACCUGUUGUUAUAGCUCACAUUGCUGAUGUUGUGGAGUAAAUUCCCACUCAAUCCCCCGUACACAAUUACCCUAUGAAUGACAGGUGAUCAGUCCAGGGUGUAGUCCACCUUUUGCCCUCAGAUGGGCUGACUUAAGCCCCUGCCGUGACCCUGAAGCCGUUAGUCCUAGAUCUGUUUUAAACCCCCUAUAAACACUUACAAAGCUCCAACACAGCAAAAUCCCCUGUAGUGACAGUCAGACUACCAUGAACCAGAAAUUCAAAUAAUUGUGAUGCUACACACAAUUGUGAGGUUUCCAGAGAGCUGACAAACACAAUCAAAUUGUCUGAGUGUCAUACUUGGACCAGCCAGGAUUGCGUGCUUGCUGACUGAAUGAACAAGGGGAGACCUGCGAGCAAUAAACUGUCAGGAUCGUCGACCCAGGAAACGACUUCAAAUCUCCGGUGGAAGAGAAUAUCAGCCAGGUGAUAUUUUUCACCAGUCAGUCACAAAAACAAAAGCAGAUAAACGGACUCAGAAGACUGCGUGAAAUUAGACGUUCUCUGUUCGGAACGAGGGACAAGGACAGGUUGCUAUGGAAACCGAGGCAAAUUGUCUCUGCUGGCAUUUUUCUUCAGUGAAGAUAUUCAUGAACAAACUCUUAUGUUCAAAACCCAGUGGCCCAAUGGGACUUCCCAAUUUGCUGCUGCUGGGGACCCCCCAACUAUAAACUUUAUAUAGACUCUUAAAUCGCACAAAUUUUGCACUAGUGUGUUUUUCUGACUGGGUUAUGAAAAAAAAUCAUAAUAAUUUUGGGGUCUGAAAUGGGUUUGGAAACAAGAGUCCUUCAAAUUAAGAGAAUCUAUCUUUAAAGAAAAGAUCACAGAUGGCUAAAUACAGGGUUACAGAGUGUUUGUAUAUAUACAUUUAUAUUUCACGCCAAACGCCCACAGAAGGUGUGAGCACCUGCUAUACCCCUGUUUAUUUUGUUGUCGUGACAACGUUCGAGCCCACCCAGAAAGUUGAGAUGAGUUUACCUGUGGACCUCCUGUGUUGUAAUGGCACCAUGAUGCGUUAAUGACCAUGUCUGUUUCUGAAAGCUCAUACUGAACUCUGCUACGACUCUAACGCUCACCCAAAUAGCACACAGUGUGAUGCUUUACACUAAGAUGACAUGGUAUACAAGUCUACUUCAUUAAAAGUUGUAGACAGUAGAAGUUUUCAGAAAAUAAACAGGUCUUUAAAAAGAUGUUUAAUGCUCCACCACUCACACUGUCAUGCGCCACCCAUUUCACAUCUUUUAAUGCACUUUCUUUUCCCCCCCACACACGACUUUAAAGAGCACACAGUCUGUGAGACUUCAUCACUUAAAGGUGCAAUUUAUCUAAACAAACAAGCUGUUUAUUGCUGUAUUUCAGACUUUGAAUCAAUACGAGGCAGCGUAUCUUUAAAAAGUUCAAUUUUCCACACAGAUUGCGAAAAACAAACUCUCUAACCCUCAAUGCAUCAGUCAGGUCUCAUUCCAAAACUCACCUCCGGGUAUGGUCCCGUUUAGGGGACUAAUUAAAAGUGUGAGAUCAUGAAUACAAGAGGCUAACUCAUGUUGGCUCUGUAGAACCCCCUUUGACAAGAAAUUGCGUGCCUGAUUGAUGAUCAACAAAAUAGCUUGCAGCAUUUUAGCAUUGUUCUCAUUUUACAUAAACAAAUAGCAUCCCAGUAAUUUUCAGUCCUGGCUAUCAAUUCGGGAAACUCUGCCAUGGAAAUAAUGCAAAUAAGACGUACAACAAUGAGCAACACGAACUUUGCUGAUGAAGGCGCAUUCGCAAGGUGAUUCUCAUUGGUCAUAACACUCGCUUUUUUUUUAACAUUCUUAUUUGUCACACAUGUAAACACUUUAAAACAAACAACAUAACACUUCCUUAACAUUUACUACAAAGUGCAGAGUGAUAAAUAACUAUACAGUGGUGCCUUGUGAUAUGAGCGACCCAACUUGUGAAUUUUUCAAGAUAGGAGCUGUCGUUCGGCCUCUUUUUUUUUUUUUUUUUUUUAUAGGUUAUACGAUCGCUGAUGGCGGCGGUGAACUCAACUCAGCUGAGCUAGGCAACAAGCAGCAGUUCGGCGGAUGGUAAACAAUGUCUCAAAAAAGAGGCUGCAAGCUUUUUAGCCACUCCCAGUUGAAGUUCACUUUCAAACGUAACGCAAAACACAUAGAAUUAAAACAACCGCAAAACUUCCACGCAACAACUUAAGGUCUACUCGCUUAAUACUAACAUAUAAUGGGAAGUGUCAUAGACGAGCUAUCAUAUACCAUCGUGUCGCUGUGUUUUAACCCUUCAAGCAAAGGAUAUUGGAACACAAAUUGUGAAGCAACACAUGUAGACAUAUAAUAUAAUACUCACACACAUAUAUUCUUUAUUCUUUGCAAUUAAUGACUAAAUUACUGUGGCUUACAGAGGACCGGAACUUUUUGGGGGGUGUCGGCGGGCUGGAACCAAUUAAUGGCAUGUUGAUUCAUUUCGAUGAGGAUAAUGAUUUGAGAGUUUUCUGAAUUACGUGCUUGACCACGGAACAAACGAAACCCGUAUUGCAAGGCACCACUGUACAUAUAAAAGACGCAUUCAAUUACAGGGACUGUUUAAAUUGCAAAUUGUACGACCUCAGAGGGGUUUAAAUUUAGUGGCUGCACUGGGCACCUUAUCUGUAUUUCGAUUGACAUCACAACCAAGAAAAGAAAAGCACCCCAAUCAUAAAGUGUCUUGCUAGCAGUAGUGCAGAAGCCUUAUUGAAAUUAGCUGACACUCGCUGGUUUAGUUGCUUCAAAAUGACAUGAAGACAACAUGCACAAUUGUUGUUAGAUUGCUUUUGAGCUCCUUAAUAGUUUCAGAAACAGCUCGUGUUGCAGAGAGUAAGUUCCAACAUAUUCAGUGAUGUGCCAAGCAAAGACGCAAGCAUGGAGUUGAUUUCUUGACAUUUUAACUCCAAACUUUGUACUUACACGGUAUUUUUUGCACGAUCUAACAUCAUCCACGUGUCUGAAAUGACUCGCAAGCUUGUCAAAGUAUCUUUUUUUUUUUUCUCCCCAAAGAUGCUGCAUUGAGUUUAGACGUAACUGUUGUCAAGUGUGUGUAUUCCAGUGUCUGCAGGCUAGUUUCACACUCUGCACACAACAUUCUCACAUUAGGGUUGGCACUUGAGGCGUUUUUCUUUAACCUGCAUGACUUUGUCAGCAUUUUGGUGUGUUGCUUUUUAAAUGAGUCCACCUCAAUCCAUCGAACAAAAUCUUACAAAUCAUACCUGGCAGAAUUCACAUUAAUUAGAAUUAAGUUUGCUAGAAAACAAUCUUGAAAGUUAAGAACUCAAAGAGCUCAGUUACUCCCCGAAAAACAUUUUGUAUCAGAACAUUGUUCAUUUAUCUUGCAAAGUGAGAUGACAUUAAUAAAUGCAUUUAUUUGUGAUAUUAAUUUUACAAAGAACAGAAAACAAAUCCAAACAUACAUGUUCAAUUUAAUGAGCCAAAAGAGCGGCGCAGAAUCAAGACUGCUGUUGUGUGUACAGUAGCUUUUACUGACAUCUAAACAAUACUUUGUUACAAAAGCUGGUUUUAUUUACAUUUUUUUUCCAUGCUGGCAUGCACACAGUGGCUGCAUUGAAUUGAUCUCAUUAAAUCAUUUGAGAUUUUUCCAUACAGCCAAGAGGGCGUAAUGGAGCCAGAAAUUAAGAGGCUGCAAGGUUUCCACAGGCGUAAUAAAAGGUCUAAUUUUAUCUGCUAAUGGCACACCACUGAUCUCUUAGUGCGCCCGAACACCAAAAAAAAUUUGACUCCUGUUUAUCCUGCCAUGUAGAAGAUUAGAGCUGCGCUGCAAGAGGUUAUAUUUGGGAGGUCGUGCACCCGCAGAACUUGAGUUAAAUGCACAGUGAGCGUGUGUGCGCAUCCGCAAAGGUUACUCGUGCCAUAAUAGGGUCUCCAGCCUGCAGCCACAAUCUGAAGUUGUUACAGAAUCUCUGUAAAAUAAACUUGGGUUUUAUCCAGCAACAACAAUUAAGUAAUAUGUUCUCCUGUCAAUAACCAGCAGUGAGGUACAUGUGCAUUUAUUUUAACGUGGAUAUCUUAAUUUGACCGAUGGUUUGUUACAUUAGAAAAGUACAUGUCGUCCAAAAAAACCAUUGGGUUUUCCCAGCUGGAAAGUACUGAUUCAAAAUCCAGUCCGCAUUUUAUUUAUUUUGAUGAUUUAACCCUUUCAAUUUUCUCAGCCUUUAUGCAAUUACCUAUUGAAUUAGAUGUUCCUUGUACCUUUUUCUUUUCAGCAGUCCAUCUUGGACAAGCUUCUCACGCUGUCGAACUUGUGUGUGCUCUAUAUCAGCUGACUGCAACCUUGCUUCACUGAAUCAAUGCAAAAGAGGAGUUGUAUUUUUUUGCUGUUGUUUUUGGUACACGUUACGAUGAAAUGACCCUUUCUUGUUUAUUUUUUAUUUUUUUCUUAUUAGUGUGAAUUACUGUAUAUUUGAGCCACUGAGAACGAGAGUGGGCUAAUUCCGUGUUUGUCGCUUUGUAGGAGAGUGAUUGUUUUUAUGGCCGCAAUGAAAUCUGAGGGAUUUAUAGCUUGGUGAUUCAUGUUGCAAUGAUUACUUCUUUUGGAUGCGUCGUUUAUUCCACACACCCAUCAAAUCUAUCAAAGGUUUAUGAAAGAUGAGAAGUAAGAUUCACUUAUACUGACAUACAGACACACUGGCACCCAAGGUCUUCUAUCAAUCUCUGAAUCGCACUUUCUGGGAUGUUUUUUUGCGGGAGGUGAAGCCUUGUCUGGUGUCCGGGUGUGACAGUCGUGGAAGUAGCAGUUGGCACAGUUGUUGCACUGAUGAAUCAGGAAAAUGGCUGAGUGCAACAACAUUCGAACUCAACCUUGAUUGAGACCAGUAGUCAUCUGAAAAAAAAUGUUUUUCUUUAUUCAUUUCUGCACUUAAUUAAAAUGGCAAAUUUGAGUAAACCCACAAAUUCUCAGUGGCUCAUUUAGGAGUGUAUUAUUUCAGCACGUUUUUAAAAACAUAGGAGGUCCUUCAGGAGGUCAGCCGUGUUUCAAGCGCCAUCCUCACAUCAUCAUCGUCAUUUUCUGUCGCCUUGCCGUCGUCACGUGCCGCUUAACUUGAAGUAGGUGCAACAGAUGAGACAUUUUUGUACAGAAAUAUAUUUUUUAUGGAGAGAUUGUUUUCAAAAAAAGAAAAUCUACAAAUGAUUAAACAUGCUGUACCUUUUAUGAUCAAUGAUGUAGGUUGGCAAACACCUUGUUUAUUGAAAUAAAUGUUUUUAGUAUUAUAACCCAAUGACAGUGAUUCAGAGUGAGGAGCAAUUAUCAGAAUGAAUGAUGAUGUUCUUACACAGGAACAUGAAAACCAUUUGCUGGAAAACUGCUAAAUCAACCAUUUUGGGGAGCAUUAGCAUAUUUGGUGCAACAAUAGGGUAAUACAAGCGUGCAAAAGUCUUGGGCCACCAUUAGAAUCAUUGUUUUAGCAAACAGGUUGUUGUACUGACUAUAUAUACUAAAGAAUAUCGGCCAGUAGCGCACAGACCUUCCCCAAGGCUGGAUGGGGGAACAAAAAUGGGAAGAAAAUGUUCACGAACUACUUCCUGCUUUAUGGUGGCUGAUGAACAAAUGGGCAGUGCCAUUGGAAUUUUGGGGGCUGGACUCAUCCAUGUAAUAGUGACUCAAAUAUUCAUUUCAUCUUAAAAGCUUAGUUGUCAAAGUACAGUAUGUUAAAACAAAGAAUUUGUCACCGCUAAUUGGUGUCACCAUCCAGAGUCUCACCAAAAUGUUUUCCAUGGCUCAGCAUUUUGGGGGGAAAUAGACUGUACAAUACUUUCAUGGUAUCAUGUCUCAUAACACUUAUUAUUAAAGCUUUAUAUUUAAGAAUCCUUCAUAAGGGUACGCUUACGAUGGACUGCUGUGGAAAAGGGUUACUAAGACGACAAAAAUAGUGGUGACCUAAGACUUGAGCACAGUAUUGUAUAUUUUAGUGUCGUCUUAAAAACGAAUGAGUUGACAGUAUCGUUUUUUUUUUUUAAAGAUGGUUUUCCAAAGUGUUCUUGUGUAAGAGUAGCUCAAGGUGAUACAUUUGUAAUUGCUAUUUGGACAACAGUUCUCACAAAUUCAAAUUUGUCAUGUCUGCCCAAACAUGAAGGUUCCAGAUGAUGGUAACAAGUUAACAGAUUAUGGAGGCUCCAAUUUAAUUUUGAUUAUUUUGCAAUGUUCCAAAUGCUCGUUUGCUAUGUUUAUGUCCUCUGGUAAAGAUUUCAAGAGGGCAAUAAAUAACGUGAGGAGUCCUAAUGUGUGCGAGCGUACAGUUUGUGAAUGCAGCCUCAUAACCUGUUGUCAAAGAGCCUCAUACUUUAUCAGCUAUUUUGAAGAUAUUAUUUGAGAAUAAAGUUUUUAUACAAGAA